UGCAUCUAGCCUCAAAACGGAAACAAAAAUAGAGACACGUGAUAAACAGUGAUCAAGUAUUUGCAAGUUUUUUGUGAGCUGGACAAGCAAAUCAACAUUAGGUGGAGUGGUCACGUUGCUUACCGCAUUGCUUGCCGGAUAAACACAUUAACACUAGGAACAAAUUAAUUGGAAUUGUUGCUUCAAUGGCUCCAGGAAAACGGCCUUUUCAUGGUAAAAAGAGAAAAUUUAACGAACGCAAUGGACGGAAUCGAUCAAAGGUAAAAAAAGAAAAAUUUGACUUGAGGAAAACUUCUUAUGUCAAAGAACGCGAAGCAAAAAAUGAAGAAAUUGAAGCUCGGAGACGAUUAGUGGAACAAGAGAAAACACGUCAAAAACUUCAGGAAAUAGACAGUUCUGAAGAGGAAGAAUUUGAUCCUGAAUUGGCCUUUAUGGCUGGAUUUCCUGGUUAUAAAAAUUUACUAGAGAAUCUAAAAAAACCAAUUGUAACCAGUUCGGAAAGUGAAAAUGAAACGUCUGAAAAUGAAACAGCACAGGAUGAGGAUGAAAAGAAUGAAGAGAAAAGGAAAGAUAAAAAGAAACAAAUGAAGAAAAUAAAAAAGAAAAAAAUUGAAGAAGAAAAGACUGAAGAAAUUGAAGCAAAUAAUAAAGAGUCUGAUCAGAAUGAAAACGAAGAGAUUACAAUUAGCGUAAAAGAAGAGAACUAUGAGGAUGCUGAAACUGCCCAAGAGGACGCUGGUCACUUGAGAGAUCCGUUUUCUUUACAUUUGCGUAAUGACAUGGAUGAUGACUUGUACGAAGCAGUGUCUACAACACCGCAGGUUACAGAGACUGCAACAUUAUCAUGGCCUACACUUGGAAAUUUGAUAUGUCAGAUUCCGAAACCUGCUGUUGAUUCAAAAAAUAAGCCAAUAAAAAUGAAGAAACUUCUGGAUGAUGAAGAGAAACAAUACGCAAGUUACGGUAAGAUUCCAAAUCUGAUUGAAAACGUUGACUGGAAUAAGUUGCAUAUAAAAUCACAGAUUCAGGACAAUCUAAAUAAAGCUAAUUGCAAUAAUAUAAAUGCUAGUGUAGAAAAAGAUUCACAUUUGACUCCUCUUCAGAAAGAACUGUUUUCAAUAAUAAAUAAUUAUCAAGACUUGCAUUAUCCUGAAAGAACAUUUUCGAAUGCUGACCAGAUACGAUUUGUUUAUUGCUUGCAUGUAAUUAAUCAUGUAUUAAAAACAAGAACAAAAAUACUACAUCAUAAUGCAAAGUUAGCAAAGUCCAGUCGCAGUGGCAUGGGUGAAAUUCCAGACGAAUACAGAGAUCAAAGUUUAGUAAGGCCCAAGGUGCUCAUAAUAGUGCCAUUCAAGCAUUCUUGCUUGAAGAUAGUUGAGAUGUUUAUCUCGAUUUUAUUCGGAGAGGACAAGGGUGGUUCUGUUGUCAACAAGCUACGAUUUAUGGAGGAUUUCACUGGAAACGAAUUGACGAUGCCGAAAAAGAAUCCUAGACCAGAAGAUUACAAUUUAACGUUGCAAGGAAACAUCGACGACAAAUUUAAGAUUGGCAUGGCCAUCACUAAAAAGACUCUCAAAUUAUACACGGAUUUCUAUUCCUCCGACAUCAUAAUCGGCUCGCCACUGGGUCUUCGGAGAGUAGUAGGCGCAGAAGGCGAAGCAGUGAGAGAUUACGAUUUUCUUUCGUCGAUAGAACUGCUGGUUAUGGAUCAGAUUGACGUGGUCGUUAUGCAGAACUGGGAUCACUUGUAUCAAGUGUUGGAUUACAUGCACCUGCAGCCUAAGAAGUCUCGCGACAUCGACUAUUCCCGUCUGAGAAGUUGGUGCGUGAACGGCUGGAGCAAAUAUUACAGACAGACGUUGAUCUUUUCCAGCAUCGAAUUGCCGCAUGUAAACACGUUGAUGAUUAAAAGAUGCUUCAACUACGCGGGCAAAGUGAAGGUAGCGAAUCGAGUGGAGCCAGGCUCGGUACGCCAGGUGAGCGUCACAGUUCCGCAGGUGUUUCACAGAUUCGACGCGUCCGAUCUCGUUCAGGCUAUCGAUAGCAGGCUGGAUUUCUUCCUGAAGGAGGUGUUACCACGCUACACGGAUCCCAUAUAUAAUCACACACUGAUCUACGUGCCGUGCUACUUCGAUUUCAUAUAUCUGCGGAAUCGACUGAUGAAGGAGAAGCUGAGCUUCGCGCAAAUAUGCGAGUACACCGAAGACGCGAAGGUCGCUCGGGCGAGGGAUAUGUUCUUCCACAGCGAUGCGCAUUUCCUCCUCUACACGGAGCGCUGGCAUUUCUGGCGUAGAACAAGGAUCAAGGGUAUUCGACAUCUUAUAUUCUAUCAAUUGCCCACUUAUCCGCAUUUCUACAGCGAAAUGUGUAACCUGAUGGAUAGGAUGUAUCAAAAUCCGCGUGCCGGCACGGAGUUCAACAUGUCGGUGACUGCCAUUUAUAACAAAUUCGAUGCCUUAGCGCUUGCUCGAAUUGUGGGCCAAAACAGAGCCGCUAAAAUGAUAACAUCCGAAUCUAAAGUACACACAAUUAGACGUUGAACACUUUUUCCAUUCUCGUGUAAAUAUAAGAUGAAAAGGUGAUUUUAAAUAAUCACCUAUUUUUUUAUUAUUAAUGUUUUAUACGUUUAUGUUGUAAGUAAAA